AUGCCAGCUCCACACGGUGGUGAAUUGAAAGAUCUGCUUCAACGCGAUGCUCCUAUCAAGACCCAAUUGUUGCAAGAAGCAUCUGAAAUUCCUUUGCAAUGGAACUUGACCGGUAGACAAAUCUGCGAUUUGGAAUUGAUCCAAAACGGUGGGUUUUCUCCAUUGGCAGGAUUUUUGAAUAAAAAGGACUACGAAGGUGUUGUCCAAAACUCCAGAUUGAGCAGUGGUUUGAUCUGGACAAUGCCCAUUACUUUGGACGUGGACGAGAAAUUCGCAGCAAAACUGCAACCGGAGACCAGAGUGACUUUGUUGCAGGACAACGAAAUCCCCGUCGCUAUCCUCACUGUCACGGACGUUUACAAGCCAGACAAGAAAGAAGAAGCCAAAAAAGUGUUCAGAGGCGACCCUGAACAUCCAGCUGUGAAAUAUCUGUACGAGACCGCAGGCGAGUUUUACGUCGGUGGUGAGAUCCAGGCGAUCCAGAGCCCUGUCCACUACGACUACCCAGGUUUGCGUAAGACGCCAGCUCAAUUGAGACUGGAAUUCGAGUCCAAGAACUGGGAUCGUAUUGUCGCUUUCCAGACCCGUAACCCAAUGCACAGAGCUCACAGAGAGCUUACAGUCAGAGCCGCAAGAGAACAAAACGCUAAAGUUCUGAUCCAUCCAGUGGUGGGUCUAACCAAGCCAGGUGAUAUCGACCAUCACACCCGUGUGCGUGUUUACCAGGAAAUCAUCAAAAGAUACCCUAACGGUAUGGCCCAGCUAUCGUUGCUACCUCUAGCCAUGCGUAUGGGCGGUGAUCGUGAAGCUGUGUGGCACGCAAUCAUCAGAAAGAACUACGGUGCCACUCACUUCAUUGUUGGCAGAGACCACGCUGGUCCGGGAAAAAACUCUGCUAAUGUGGACUUCUACGGCCCAUACGAUGCCCAAGAGCUUGUUGAAUCUUACAAGAACGAAUUGGACAUCGAAGUUGUCCCAUUCAGAAUGGUUACUUACUUACCAGAAGAAGAACGUUACGCUCCAAUCGACCAAAUCGAUUUGUCCAGCACCUCCACUUUGAACAUCAGUGGUACUGAAUUGAGAAACCGUUUGAGAACCGGUGGAUCCAUUCCGGAAUGGUUUUCGUACCCCGAAGUGGUCAAGAUUCUAAGAGAAUCGAACCCACCAAGACCAAAGCAGGGUUUCGCUAUUGUUUUGUCCAACUCAUUGGUUAACAACAAGCAACUUUCUAUUGCUCUGUUGUCUACUUUCCUACAAUUCGGCGGUGGUAGAUACAUCAAGGCCCUAGAUCAUAAAAAUGACGCUAACGUUUUGGAAUUGGUGCCAGACUUUAUCAAGAGCGGAACUGGUUUGAUUCUAAACGAAUUCGACAACGUCAAGAGCGUCACUAAUGCCUACCUAGUGGGAGCCGACGAGGAUGCGACCAUCAAGCUUGACAGUAACGACGAAUCCAUCUUGCACAUUGUGCAAAAGGUUGUGUUAUUCUUGGAAGACAAUGCUUACUUCCAGUUUUAG